AUGUCGAUCCGCAUAGCCCUAGACAACCGGCCAGAGUUCUACACCAACCUCGACCAUGUAUCCGGCACACUGGUCCUGAGCCUAACACGGCCCGAGCAGAUUGGCAACAUUGUCGUCAAGCUUGAGGGCGAGGCCAUGACAGCGCUCCAGGUGCCCCACCCGGCGGACAACAACAGCCCCGGCGGUCUGGGGAUGCCUCGGAACGGCCCUCCGCCGGGCCCGCCCGGAAGCAUCGUGGGCGAGACGCACAAGCUCCUGUACAAGGUGCAGCAGGUCUUCCCGGAUGAGUACUAUUCUAGCACGAGCAACCCGUACGGCGCCUAUCCGCUGCAGCCGGGCGAACACGAGUUCCCCUUCAAGUUCCGGCUGCCCAUCAACAAUGCUUGCAGUGACCCCAUGGCCAUGUCAAAGAUCGGAGGGCUUGGGGGCCGCGGAGGUUUCGGCUCUGGCGGGGGUUUUCUGGGAAUGGGUGGGGUACGCGUCAUGGAUGGGAGCAAGCAGUUGUUUCUGCGGCACGUCACUCGUACUCUGCCACCGUCGCUGACCGGGUUCCCCAUGUCAGCCGAGAUCCGGUACUACAUCAAAGUCACCGUCCAGAGACCCGGGUUCCUCAAAGAGAACUGGCGUUUCCAGGCCGGGUUCAAGUUCAUGCCUAUCGAGCCCCCACGACCCAAGGCCACGGGUCGCGAAGCCUAUGCGCGCCGGCCGUUCACCUUCCAGUCGCACCCGGGGGCGCCCUCCCAGCAGCAACCGUCUUCGUCUUCGUCUUCGUCGGCAGAGAAGAAGCGCAGCUCCUUCUUUGGCAGCAAAAAGGACGAGGACGCCAAGCUGCCAUCCAGCAAUCCCUUCUCGCCGGCGUCGACGGCGGCCCCCUCGGUGGAGAUAUCGGCGCGUCUGCCGCACCCCAGCAUUGUGACAUGCAACAAGCCCGUGCCGCUGCGUCUGGUGGCCAAGAAGCUGGUCGACAGUCCUGCGGAGGUAUUCCUCGUGUCCAUGCAGAUGGAGCUGAUAGGCUACACCGACGUGCGAUGUCACAACAUUUACAACCGCCGGGUGAACCGGUGGGUCGUGGUGUCGGACGCCAACCUGAACAUACCGCUCACGACCAGCCCCGACGACGAGGUAGGCAAGGAGGUCGUGGUGCCGGACACGCUGUGGGCCGGCUGCACCCUACCCAACACCAUAGCCCCAUCAUUCGAGUGCUGCAACCUGUCGAGGCGUUAUGACCUGGAACUCAAGCUGGGCGUGGCCUGGGGCAAGCCCCACGUCAAGACAGGGAUCUUCUCGUCAUCCAAGGACUCCCAUCAGCCCCAGGUCAUCAUCCUACCGCUCCUGUUCCAGAACGUCGAGGUCUUCUCCGGCAUAUCCCCGCCGCCCGAGCUCGUCGAGGCCGCGAGGAAUACUCGUCCCGGCCACGCAACCAUCGACAUUGAAGCGGGACCGCGUCUACCUCCGAGGACCAACAACGCCGGUGCCAGCGCUGGGAACCCCGAUCGCCCAGCCCAACCUCCCCGGCCCCAGGGCCAAGUUCACUCCCAACCGCCUAUCAGCGACCCUCUGUACCCGCCUCAGCUGGCACCAGGACAGGUUGUCCCUCCGCGGGACGACGCGCCGCCGAGCUAUGAUGAGGCCAUGGCAGAGAACCUCGCCGGGCCAUUUGAGGGACACCAGGAGAGGCCGGCGUACAGUGGUGUCACGAAUGAGAAUGCGCCUAGUCAGAUGCCUCAGGAGAAGAACUGA